AUGUCUACCAUCCAUCCUAGCAAAACAAACAACAGUACUAGUAUCAGUAGUAGUAGUAGUAAUGGUAGCAGUAGCAGCAGCAGCAGCAGUAGCAGCGAAGGUAUUGGCGGCAGUUGCGGUAGCAAUAGUGUUUCGCCAAAUGCCAUUAUAGGAGGUAACACUAAGACUGUCUCACAGGGUCGAAACAACAUUCUGAGUAUUGGAAGGAAUGCUGUUGAUAUUGGCACCACCAUUGGAGAUCAAUCAUUCUCCUAUCUCGACACUACCAACAACAGCAGCAACUCACAAAAGUCACAACAGCCAAACAACCAGCCUACGCCACAUCAUGGCCCCAUAGUACAGCUCACAGAUGGAUUGCUAGAGUUGUACAAACAAGUCAAUCCUGAAUAUGGCUAUAUGUCAACCGCACAUAAUACCAGUCGUGUACUGACAUUGCCAAAUGAGGGUGUACUUAAUGAUGGCCAUGACAAUGCCAACUCUGACCUCAUUGUCUACGUUAAUGACACUUUGGGCUCGGACUUUAAUCAACGAUACCGCGUACUGGACUCGCUUGGACAGGGUACAUUUGGACUUGUAGUCAAGUGCCAGAACUGUGACACUAACGAACUCGUCGCCGUCAAGAUCCUAAAGAACAAGGCGGCCUACUUCCAUCAAGGAAAGCUUGAGAUUGAGAUAUUGAAGAAGCUCAACAGCCACUAUGAUCCGGACAACAAGUCCAACAUACUACGUCUACAGGACUCAUUCAUAUUCAAGAAGCAUCUGUGCAUUGUGUUUGAACUGCUGAGUAUCAACUUGUUUGAGUUGGUCAAGCAGAACUCCUAUCGAGGCCUGUCCAUCAAGUUGAUUCAGGUAUUCCUUAUCCAGAUAUUGGAUGCACUAAUAGUAUUAUCCAAUGCCAACAUGAUCCAUUGUGAUCUAAAGCCAGAGAACAUCCUGCUACAGAGCGUUAAUGCACCCAACAUCAAACUGAUCGACUUUGGCUCGGCUUGUUAUGAGAGCCAAACAGUAUAUCCAUAUAUUCAAUCGAGACAUUAUAGGUCACCAGAGGUAUUGCUCGGCCAGCAGUAUACCAGCGCUAUCGAUAUGUGGUCGUUGGGUUGUAUAUCAGCCGAGCUAUUCCUUGGUCUACCACUGUUCCCCGGCACAUCAGAGUACAAUCAGAUCUGUCGCAUUGUUGAGAUGCGAGGAUCAUUCCCUGACGACAUGAUCGAGUCUGGUAAGAAUGGCUCGCAGUACUUCAAGCACUCAAUCCUCGAGGGUAGUGGAGUGUCAGGACAUCAUCGAUAUUCCUACAGUCUCAAGACUGAGGAGGAGUAUGUCAAGGACACCAAGAAGGAACAACAACCAUCCAAGAAGUACUUUACUUAUAGGACAUUGCCAGAGAUUAUACAGAACUAUACAUUCAAGAAGAAUAUGACGCCAGAGGAGCAUGAAGCUGAGAAACACAAUCGAGUAGUGUUCACAGACUUCUUGCUGGGUCUGUUGUGCUUGGAUCCGAACGAGAGAUGGACGCCAAUGCAGGCUCGAGACCAUCCAUUCAUUACAGGCGCACAAUAUAAAGGCCAAUUCAUUCCCGAUCCAAUGAAGAAACGACAAUAUACAACGACAGUUCCAAGGCCUAUUAUGGUUCCCUCACACAACAUGCAUAAUCAAGGUCAUCACAGCCAUCAUGGCCACGGCAACCACAACUAUUCAUUCAUCAACAGCAAUAACAACAGCUUUAACAACAACAACAACAUUAAUAUCAUCAGUGGCAGCAGCAGUGGUAGCAGUAGUAGCCACUACACAUAUAACAACAGCGCAGGCAGCUAUGGAAAGAGAAUGCAGCCACCAAUAUCAGUCAAGCAUUCAAUGGGCGAGCCAUAUAGCGCCUUUCCAGAAUCCUAUUCACCUCGAAGUCUCUUUGGACCGUUCUCAUUAACAAACACUCACCAACAACCAUCUUCAGCGCUCCCUCUUGGACAGAGCCCCUCACUCUUUGGAACACCCACCUCCAAGUUCCCACCACUACCAUUCAGCCCACUGUACAACAGUGGAUCAUUCAAUGACAGAUCAUUCAGCGGAUCAUUCAAUGGCGGAUCAUUCGGUGGCUCAUACUUUGGAUCACCUUGGAGUGGAUCAGAUGGAUUGCCUCCACCCCUCCAAUCAUCGUCUUCAUCAUCAUUUCAACAGCAACAACAAGCAUAUGCCAGCAGACGAUCCAGAUCAAAGAGUGAUGCACCUACAUCCAAUGAUGGCCCCAAUCUUGGUGGUAGCAGCAAUAGUGUGGGUCCAGCCGAGGACCACCCAAUGAUCAUGGGAUCAUUCGAGGAGAAGCCUCCGAUGUAUCCUUCUAAGCGACCUACUCAGAGUGACAGCAUCCAAAUGGAUAACAGCAACAACAACUAUCUUGGCAAUAGUGGCAACAUGAUACACUCGACAAACCAGCAUAUGUACAAUACAUAUUAUGGUCGUAUGAACCAUAGUAUGAUGGACCAAUGGAACCUGCAACAAUCCAAUCGAUUCAGAUCUCACAGCUAUGGCGAUCAAUUCCAACAACAACAACAACAACAGCAACAAACUACCUCAUUUAACAAGCAACAACAACAACAACAAUACCAAUAUCCACCUCGAUCACAACAGCCACAUCUCAAUCACUACAAGCCACAACAGCUACAACAACAGCUACAACAAUUAUAUGGCCAAGACUCUCCACCAUUUCCAAGUUCGCCUCACAUUUACAACACACCACUUACACCUCAGGAUGCAGUCAGUCCACUGAUAGGCUCUGAGCCUGCCAAUGGAGGUUGGAGCAUAUCUCCAUCUUCCGAGGAGAUGCUGUUCCCAAUCGAGCAACUGCAGCCUCAACAACAAACUCCACAACUCGCACCCCAACAACAACAACAGAGCACUCCCAACAAGAAGUCCUCCAGUCCAGGCAGAUCGCGCUUUACAUCGUCCGAUGGCGGCAGCUGGAGAUUCGAGGAUACCCUCUCCUCCAGCUUUAAAGCGUCGUUGCAUGUGAGCGGCGGUGUUGGCGUUGGAAACGAUCAAUCUUCCAGUUGGCAGGCACACUCUUCACCUUGGGGCAUACCACAGAUGGAGAACUACCAUCUCCAAUCUGAUAACCCCGCGUUCGACGAUCCAUCACUGGCUUUUAGCCCGUACGAUUAUCGUCCAUAUUUCGUCCAAUCUCCGCCAUCAUCCAACUCCCAUCUUCAACCAUCCUAUUUCAAGCAGUCACCACCAACACAACCAAACUAUCAUGGCGGCGGCAACGAUGCAUUCCCUCCACUCAACAGUCAUGGUGGUGUUCCAUUGGGCAACAGCUUUGGGCAUCUCACCAAUCACUCAUACAGUGCACCUUCCAAGUUCCAGCCACCUCAACAACAACAACAACAACAACAGUAUCACCAAUCACCUCCUAUAUCGUCUAUUCAACCUGGUCAAGGAGCAAGCAAACAACAACAACAAAAGAAUCGACCUAGGAACGAUUCAAGGACAUCUCCACCCUCUUCUAGAGCACAUCCACUUCAGCAGUCACCUCUAAACAAGAUCAAUCCAUUGUCACAAUCAUUCCCCCAGCUCUACCAGCAGCAACAGCAGGUCACAAACAAGGUUCCACUCUCUCCAACAUCUUCCCAACUCCCUAGCCGACCAUUUCCUUCUCUUUACCAAGCCAUCACACAACAGCAGCAGCCGCCACUCCCACACCAGCAACAACUACAUCAACAUACUUCGCCAACAUUCUUUUAUGACAACCAAGCAGUCAUCAAUGAUCCUUUGGCAACAGGCAACCAGAUGAUGCUAAACAGGAGGAUGUUAAUUGGAACCUACCGCGACACUCAAUCGCCGCCACCUCCCAGUGCCCUUCAGCAGCACGAUGAAUAA